AUGGCGGCGAGUUUGAUGAUGACGUUCAAACCGUGCUUUUAUUUCGUAAUGAUUCUUUUGCUUUCUGCCCAGCUGCCGAAAAUCACGUGCUCGAGCGUGGAGCUCGAGCAUUUUUUCCGAGGUAAUAACCGAGCUUGCGACGAAAUUUACGUGGUAAGAGAAGGCGAAACUCUUCAGACGAUUAGCGAAAAGUGUGACGACCCAUUUAUCCUGGAGCGAAACCCGCACGUUCACGAUCCAGACGAUGUUUUUCCAGGACUAGUCAUAAAGAUCACACCAUUUUCGAGUUACAGAAGUUAA